AUGCUGAGCAUUUCCAUCUCCAGGACCCGGCCCACCUUGUUGGCGGCUAUCCGAUGCAGAAGAACUCUUGCUACUGCUGCGCAAGAGCACAGAUCUGCCAAGGCGGAGGGUGACAUAUCUUCCGUCUUCAGGUCACUGUCAGGAAGCGAUGUGGACGAGAAGCUCCCGCAGCGAUUUGCCGACGUCAAGAGCGCCAUCCGCACCGAUAGAGCCACGCUUCAAGAAAGCUGGAAUCGGCUGCUCAACCGGUUGAAGGACGAGACGCGCGCCAUCAAGGACGAGGGCUCGUCCUGUAUUCCGCAGAUCGACUUUGCCGACAUCGACAAUGCGCCUGCAGAGUUUGAUGAGACAUUCCGCAAGCGCGGCGUCGCUGUCGUCCGCCAGGUCGUCCCGGAGAAGGAGGCGAGAGGGUUCAAGGAGGAGGUUGAGCGCUACGUUGCUGCCAAUCCUUCGACGAGAGCGUUUCCGCCUGACAAGCCGGUUGUGUUUGAGCUGUACUGGUCGAGGCCACAGCUGGCGGCCCGUCUGAAUGGCAACAUGUCCAGAGUGCAGACCUGGCUCAUGUCGUACUACAAUGCGGCCGACCCGCAGUCUGAAUGCAGCACGCAGCAGCCCCUGAUGUACGCGGACAGGCUGCGCAUCCGCCAACCGGGGGACGCGGGGUUCGCACUCGGUCCCCACGUUGACGGCGGCAGCUGCGAGCGGUGGGAGGAGGAAGGCUACGGCAAGGCGCACGUGUACGACAAGAUCCUGGAGGGCAGGUGGGAGGACUUCGACGCGUGGGAGCUGAGCACUCGCAUCGAGGCCACACAGGAUCUGUACGACGGCGCCGGCGCCUGCAGCAUGCUACGCACGUUCCAGGGCUGGCUCGGCAUGUCCAACACGGGACCGCGCGAGGGGACCCUUCUGGUCAACCCCCUCCUGUCCCUCUCGACAGCAUAUCUCCUCCUCCGACCCUUCUUCGCACCCAAGUCUACGUCGUUUCCGCCGCCGGCCCGGGACGGAGAGCACUCCGCCGAGUACCUCGACCCGGAUAGCUGGGUGCUGGCCGAUCCGGACUCGCCCGACCUUCAGGGUGCCUGGCCGGGUAGCUGCCAGGAGCUCAGCCACAGAUGGCACCCCCAUCUCGACCUGCCGCAUACGAUGGUUCCCAUCCCGCGCAUCCGCCCGGGAGACUACGUCGCCUGGCACUGCGACACCAUCCACGCUGUCGACGGCGUCCACGCCGGCGACGCCGACUCCAGCGUCAUGUACAUCCCCGCGUGCCCGAUGACCAGGCAGAACGUCGACUACGCCCGCCAGCAGCGCGAGCACUUCCUCCACGGGAUCCCCCCCUCGGACUUCCCCGGCGGCGUGGGCGAGAGCAGGCACGUCGGCAGGCCCGGUGCCGAUGUCCUCAAGGAGCUGGCCGGCACUGUGGCUCAGCGUGCCGCCGGUUUCGCGCCGUUUGACGUCUCUAUUGCCAAGACGGAAGGGGAGGCCGAGAUUCUCAGGUACGGCAAUCAAGUCAUGGGCUUCUAG